UUUUGUGUAGCUAUCCUCAAAGAUUUAAAGCACCUGCAACUUAAACCAAUGAAAGCAACAGAAGAACUCCAAUUUUAGAAAAAAAUGGCAAGCGGUUCUACUGCCCCAAAGAGGUUGGAUGGAAGAGUUGCCAUAGUUACUGGCGGUGUUGGCGGCAUCGGCUCUUGCAUCGCCAAGCUAUUCUGCGAACAUGGUGCCAAAGUCAUACUGGCGGACACCCGGGACGACGAGAGCCAAUCCAUCUGCAAAGAUUUGGGCCCCGAUAACGCCUGCUUUGUUCACUGCGAUGUCGCCAGCGAAUCGGAAAUCGAAAACGCGGUGAACACGGCGAUGUUUAUGCACGGAAGGCUGGAUAUAAUGGUCAACAACGCCGGCAUCGUGGGAGCCAAGGUGUCGGACAUUGUCGACUGCGACGCCGCGGAUUUCAUCAACGUGUUUCGCGUCAACGCCCUCGGCGCGUUUCUGGGCACCAAACACGCCGCCCGCGUGAUGAAGCCCGUUCAAAGGGGGAGCAUCAUAAACACGGCGAGUGCCGCGGGGAUUAUAGGCGGCUGCCCGCACGCUUAUACCUGCUCAAAACACGCCAUUGUUGGGCUGACCAAGAACACCGCGCUGGACCUGGGGCGAUACGGGAUCCGAGUCAACUGUGUUUCCCCUCAUGCGGUGCCGACGAGGAUGUCGAAGACGUAUUUGGGGUUGGGAGAGGAGGACAAAUUUGAUGUGUAUUCAGACCUUAAAGGUGUUGAGGUUAGGCCAGAGGAUGUUGCAGAUGCUUUUCUUUAUCUAGCGAGUGAUGAGUCCAGGUAUGUGAAUGGCCACAACCUUCUUGUGGAUGGUGGGUUCACAGUUUCUAAUAGCGGUUUAAGUCUUUACAGCCAAUAAUUUAUCUUUUAUAUGUAUUUUCGAGGGAUUUCAUGGUAUCCUUGUUUGUAUUAUUGGUUUCCCGGUACGGUUCAUGUUUUCGGGGAAUCUAGUGCACAACGUUGGUUUGGUUGAUGAUUCGAAUUAUGUAUUAUUAACAUGUUUGGUGUAUGAGUAUGGUAUCUUUUGUGUUCA